GGUUGAUUUGGGUGGGGAUGGAGUGAGCCGUCUAGCCUUCCCCGUCUCCUUCCGCCAGAGAAGAUAGCAGAGCGGAGUGCGCGUGUCAGCGAGGGAUUUGUUGGGGAUCGAUCGCCAUGGGGAGCGGCGCCUCCCGUCACGGCCUCCUUCACUGCCUCCGCCCAUCCGCUGGCGCCGCCGAUGUCGGCGACUCCGACGGCGGUCGCCCGACCUUCGAGCUCGGCCCGCUGGAGGAGACCCUCGGCCAUUCCUUCUGCUACGUCCGCUCCUCCUCCCCGGUCCACUCUCGCGCCUCCUCCGUCUCCUCGGCUGGCGGCGACGGAGGCGGGGAGACCGCCUUCAAGACCAUCUCCGGCGCCUCGGUCUCCGCCAACUCUUCCGCCCCUCUCCCGCUCUACGACGCCGCUGGCCGGCCGCACCCCGCCGGGUUCCGGAGCUCCUCGUCCUUCUCAGCUCUUCCGCUCCAGCUCUCCGCCGCUGGAUGCGGCGGCGGCUGCGCGGCAUCCGGGCCGCUCGAUCGCGGGUUCUUCAUGUCCGGCCCGAUCGAGCGCGGGGCGCUUUCCGGGCCCCUGGAGCCCGUUCCCUUCUCCGGUCCUCUCGUGAAGAAGAAGCGCCGAGGCAUCGCCAGGAGGUUCCGUAAGCCGCUGCUUCUCCGGCGGAGCAUCUCGGAGAAGAACCGUCCGUGGGUUUUCCCCCUCCGCAGCUUCCCGUCGCGGCAAGGCGAUCAGCAAGAAGACCCCGCCGCGGCCGCCACCGAGGGAAACGUGCAGUGGGCCCACGGGAAGGCUGGGGAGGACCGGGUCCACGUGGUCGUCUCCGAGGAGCAGCGGUGGCUCUUCGUCGGGAUCUACGACGGGUUCAAUGGGCCGGAAGCCCCUGAAUUUCUCGUCGGCAAUCUCUACCGUGCGGUGUUCAACGAGCUCCGAGGUCUGUUUUGGGAAGAGGUGGAGGAGGGUGGCGCUGAGGAUGAGGGCUUAGAGGAAGGGAGCGAGAAAAAGGUCACCUUUCAAGAAGAUUCCAAGGUCGCAAGGCGGCUGUGGGAAUUCCUCGCCGAGGGUCACGGCGAUGGUGAAUUGGACUUCUCCGCAGGGUCGGGCGGGUUCGCGUUCACUCUGUCGAAGCUGAGGUAUGGGAUCGGGAGCUGGCGGAAGGAGGGUCGGAGAAUGUGGUUCCCCAAGUACAGAUAUGAUUCGGAAGCGAAGGCCAAGGAGAUCAAGGAAGUGACGGGCAGAAGCAGACGCAGGAGGAGAAAGAAGGGCCCUGUCGCAGAACACGGGCUGGUGUUGGCAGCGCUUGCACGAGCGUUGGAGGUCACCGAGGUGGAAUACUUGGAGAUGACGGAUAGGGUGAUGGAUUGCAAUCCUGAGUUGGCGCUGAUGGGAUCCUGCCUGCUGGUGGUCUUGAUGAGGGAUGAGGACGUGUAUGUGAUGAAUGUGGGAGACAGCCGGGCAAUCGUGGCACAGUAUAGACCACAGGGGCACAUCGAAGGGAGAAACAAUGGUAGCUUUGGGGCAGAUUUGGAGAAGGCCAAUGUGAACGAGGCAAACAAAGGAGUUGAGGGGAAUGGAGAGAGUAUGGAGAUUGAAGGUUUGAGUAGAGGAGUGAUAGAACUGGGGGCAUUGCAGCUAUCAACUGAUCAUAGUACGAGCAUUGAAGAGGAAGUCCUUAGGAUAAGACGAGAACAUCCAGAUGACAAUAAAUGCAUUUUCAAUGAUAGAGUAAAGGGGCGACUGAAAGUCACACGAGCUUUUGGUGCUGGUUACCUCAAGCAGCCCAAAUGGAACAAUGCAUUAUUGGAAAUGUUUCGGAAUGAGUACAUCGGAACCGCACCAUAUAUAUCUAGUACACCUUCGCUUUGUCACCAUAAACUGGGAGCAAACGAUCACUUCUUGAUUCUCUCUUCUGAUGGUCUUUAUCAGUAUCUGAGCAAUGAAGAGGUUGUAUUACAUGUUGAAAGUUUCAUGGAGAGAUUUCCAGAUGGAGAUCCUGCCCAAAGUUUAAUAGAAGAACUACUCUUCCGUGCAGCCAAUCAAGCUGGUUUAGACUUCUGUGAACUAUUGGAUAUACCUCAGGGGGAUCGCCGAAAGUACCAUGAUGAUGUUACCGUGAUGGUUAUAUCUCUCGAAGGGAGAAUAUGGAAGUCAUCAGGAAAAUGUGUCGCAUGCUAGGAACUGGAUGGUUUUUGUGCUUUUGGUUUGACACAACUCCCUUGCAUUACACUGCUGAUUCAUCUUUCACAAUGAUAAAUGUUGACAAGCCAUCACCCCAAAGUACAAGAUCAAAUAUGUCUAAACCAGAAACAUCACCGGUUGGCGCCUGUCGAUGUUGCUCAUCAACCGGUUGACAGAAUUGGUGUGAGACAAGGAGAAGAUGGAGUAUACCCAGGAAGAGGCACAAAGAGGCUCUCAUGUCUCAUUGCUUUGUAAAGCUUUUCGAGAGGACGGUUUACAUGCGAAUGAUAUACAGACGUUGGGCCUUUCCCACUUCAUCAAAAUGACAUGUACUGCAAUCUCUUGGGAUUGCUCUCAGCAAAGCAAGAUUUCCCAAAGUUAUAAAUUCUUUUGGCAGAACUGUGUGAGUUUAUGUAGCAAGAACGUUGUUCAGCAAGUGCAGUGUGUUGUACUCCAUCAAGGGAUCAAAAUGCAUCAAUGAACAGAACAUCGAGCACCAUGACUUCAUGAUUGCUUGACAACGUAUCAAAUUCUUGACUCGAA